AUGGAGGUUUGGUCAUCUAUAACGGGCUCAGAUUAUUAUACGUCUAAUCUUAGACAUAUUAAAAAUAAAAAAGGUGUAAUUUUAAAAGGUCAUAUUCACAGAGGGGGUUAUAUACGAAUAGAUUUUAAUAUCAAUGGAAAUCGUACACAAUCUUAUCUUCACAGAUUAAUUGCUGAAGCAUUUAUUUCUAAUCCAAAAAAUAAACCUUUUGUUAACCAUAUUAAUGGCAUUAAAACAGACAAUCAGGUAAAUAAUAUGGAAUGGGUAACUUCUAAAGAAAAUGCUAAUCGCAAAGUAUUUCCAAAUCCUGAUCGUAGUAGAUCUCGAAAAGUUGUACAAAUUGGAUUAGAUAGAAAUAUUAUUAGGAUUUGGGAUUCACUUACUCUUGCGCAAGAUACACUUAAUAUUUAUAAAAGUACCAUUUCAUUAUGUUAUAGUGGAAAACGAAAUUCUGCUGGAGGAUGGUAUUGGAUGUAUUAUGAAAAUUAUAUGAAACCCAAUCUCAAUGAAUUAAAAUUUGAUUCAGAAAAAUUUAAAGUAUCAUCCUUAGGUAGAGUUCAGCUAGUGAAUGGUAUGAUUACACAAGGAAAUUUACAGUCAGAAUAUCUUCGUAUUGGUAGAGGAACUAAAAAAUAUUCUGUUCAUCGCCUAAUAGCAUUAGCUUUUUGCCCAAAAGAACAAGGUAAAGAUUAUGUAAACCAUAUUGAUGGGAAUCCUGCUAAUAAUAAAGCUUUGAAUAUUGAAUGGGUCACUCCGAAAGAAAAUGUCCAACAUGCCGUAUGUACUGGAUUUCAAAAACAAUAUCCUGUUAAACAGAUUUUUAAUAAUGGAUCUUUUCAAGAAUUCUCAUCUAUAGCUGAAGCACAGCGUGUAACUAAAACUUAUCAUAUUUCAGAUGUAUGUUGUGGACUUCAAUCAUAUGCUGGAGGGUAUCACUGGGAAUAUAUUGAUUCAGCAAUACACAAUAAGAGUUGA